AUGUCUGGAUCACAGAGUUACUCAUACCCGACUGCCACGGCGUCGAGGCAUAUCACCGCACAUGGCACCAGCAGUGCUUUCAGCAGUUCAGCAAAUCCAGAUGAGGAUUGGACCAAGAUAUCCGAUCUUGCUGAGCGCAGAAGAAUCCAGAACCGUAUUGCUCAAAGAAACUACCGCAAGAAGCUAAAGAGACGCCUCGAAGACCUCGAGAGACGGGCAGGAUCAUCAUCAGCAUCCCCACCUCAAAUACAUGCGGAAAUCCAACAGCCAGACCGCCGCGAAAGCGUCCAGCAGUACAAGAGAAGCCCGGAAUCUUCGCACAGAUCUCCCAGACUUGUUCCAACUCAGCAGUACACACCACCAAUGCACAAUGACGAGGAAAUAAUGUUUGGCCAAAGCUAUGACCGAGAAGGGUCUCGAACACCUCCUCUAUUCGCAUAUCACUCUUACCCCGCUCCUGAAGACAUCGUCUACCCGCCAUAUCCUCAAUCACAACCAUACCGAGCGGUGACUACUGGCGAAUAUGAUUAUAUGCAACCUGUACCGGUCACUCUGCCUUCGAUGAUGCACUUCCAAGAUUCGAUUAAGCGCGAGAACGAAGACACCAUGAGCCCGUUCGCCAUGAGCUAUCAAGGACUUCCGGCCAUCGAUAUUCACUCUUCUCAUGGAUAUGACGAUUCAAAUCCUCAUACUCCUCCUCUUUCACAUUCAUAUGAUCACUCGACAACAUGUUCGGAGUCGGGGUAUUCUCAAUACCCGACCACGCCUCUCUCGAUGCCUCCUUCGCCGCGACUCAUGACACAAAUAUGA